GCGUCGAAGAUGGAGUGCACCAAGCAAGAAAUUCGCCAUAUUUUACGUUCUACCUGCGAGGUAAAACUGCAACGAAGGCGACAAACAAAAAAUGUGUAGUUUAUGGACCCGAUACUGUAACGAUUCGCACAGAACAGCGUUGGUUUGAUCGAUUUCCUUCUGGUGUAGAAGCUGUCGAAGAUACACCCCGUACUGGUAGGCCAAUCGUCGUGGAAACCGAUAAAAUCGUUGAAAUCAUCCAAGUAGACCGGCAUAUGAGCACUCGCUCGAUUGGCCAGGAACUGCCCACAAUCCAAUCGACGAAAAAAUCAUCGACCUAACAUUGGCCGUAACGCUCUUUGUUGGUCGAAAAUAAGGAACAAUUUAUGAAACGAAACGGCAUCACUUGUUUUUCUUCAACGAUGAACUGUCAUUUCAUACAAAACAACAGAUCAUACAACUGGGAAUCUUCAGCAAAACAAUCCUUGAAAGGAUUUACAAGACAGCUAUUAUAUACAAGUGGAAACGCGCACUCAAAUAAAAGGAAACAACUCGGUGCUACUAAUUCUGUUGGAAAAAUAAAUUGGUAAUCUCCAGCAUAACAAGGCGUCAGAGAUUAGAAGGACAGUCAUGACGUCCUCAUCAUCAAUAUUCAGAAAAAGUCGUGAAGAACUGGAACAACGUUACAAAUGGUCAGGUAUCACGCAAACGACAACACUAAGCAGAGGUACUAGUUUAAGUGGCAUACCCCCGAGUCUAGGUUCAAUGACUGAAACAGGUAAUGAAAUAUGUCCUUUAUUUACUGAUACUUGUGAAAACCAAAACGUCGGAGGGAGUGGAGAAUCGGCAGAAGGAAUGCAACUUGAGACAGAUAACGAGAGUUCAAGCGAAAGCGAACCAGAUGUGCCUAGUGUGGGCGAGAAAAUUGUAUCCUGGCACAUAAAGUACAACGUUUCCGAGACUGCUACCAAUGAUCUACUUCAAUGGUUUAGUCAGCAUCACUUUCCAGAUCUACCCAAACGUAUAAGUACUUUAAAAAAAAGUGCUAAGCUACAAAAUAUAGAGAUUUGUCGCAUGGGCGAUGGAUAUUACUGUUAUUUUGGAAUCAAAAAAAUGAUCGAACACAUAUUAUUGAAAAAUGAAAAAAAUGCCCUCGACAAACGCUAUGAAAUCCAGUUUGGAAUUGAUGGAGUGCCUCUGGCCAAAAGUUCGCGUAGUAGUUUUUGGCCAAUCAUGGUGAAAAUGAACAAAUUUCCGGAUGUUUUGCCGGUGGCGGUUUAUCAUGGGCCUGGAAAACCAUCAAAUGUUCAUGAAUACAUGCAAGACUUCGUGUUGGAACUUCAAAAUUUGAUUGCAAAUGGAAUGGAAUUUAACAAUACUCAAUUGGAACUGUCUGUAAGUGCUUUUAUAAUGGAUGCCCAAGCGAAAGCUUUUGUUCUGGAUAUAAAGGCAGCUAACGGUUUGUACGGAUGUCCGAAAUGCACAUCAAGGGCUAUAGUGUUGGACACCGAACUGUGUUCCCAAAUAUCGGUUGGACCUCUAGAACGGAUGAAUCAUUCAAGAACCUUUUUGACGGACAUCAUGCGAACACCAACAGACUCCCGCCACUCGCUGAAAUAAACAUUGGAUGCGUUUCAAAGAUUCCUAUCGAUUACAUGCAUAACAUAUGCCUGGGCGUUGUUAAGACGCUUCUAAAUUAUUGGAUAAAUACGGUGAAUAAACCCUAUUCACUGACCAACGCGCAGAAAAUGGAAAUAGACUACAGAAUCAACGCUGUAAAAUAUCAGAUAUGUUCAGAAUUCGUCAGAAGACCGAGACCAUUAAAGGAAUUUAAGUACUACAAAGCAUCCGAAUAUCGUUUUAUCUUUUUAUAUCUUGGUUCUUUUAUUUUUUUAAAUGUGGUCGAUAAGCGGUUUUUCGACCAUUUUUUGAAACUACAUGCAGCGAUACGAAUUUUAUGCCAUCCUGUUCUCCAUAAAACCAAGAAUGAUAUCGCCAAAAAUCUACUACAUGCUUUUGGGCAUGAGUUCCAAAUGCUGUAUGGAGAGCAAUUUUUCGUAUACAAUUUUCACCUAGCUACCCACUUAGCUGAUGAUGCAUUAAUACAUGGAAAUCUUGAUGCAUUCUCAGCAUUCCCAUUUGAAAACUAUUUACGGAUAUUGCUUACAUAUAUAAGGAAAGCUCCGUUUCCACUUCACCAACUGAAAAACCGUCUUGGUGAAAAAAUGAAAUAUUAUAAAUACAGUAAAAAAAACAUAUUUCGACAGAAACACGGGUCAUAUUGUGCCAUUACCACCAAACAAGAUGUUCUGAUAACAACUGAGCCAAACGAUAAUUUCGUCUAUCACAAUGGAUAUAUAUAUACCAAGCAAAAAACAUAAGAAAACACGGAGACAUAUUCAUGCUGGAAUGCAAUUUGGUAGUGAAUAUCGUUUCUCUUUUUGUGGAUCCAGUGACCUCCAAAUCCAUCGGUGUUUAUUGCUGCGAUAAAAUUUCACUACGGCCUAGUACAGUGCAAAUCAAUGCUGAUAAUUGUAGUAUUGCACAUAAAAUUAGACGGAAUAACUGGAUUAAUCGUUAUUAUGCAUAAGGUUUGUUUUUUUCUCCCUUUGAUGAACAAAAUAGAACACAUUGUUGAGCACAUUAAUUGUAAAUUGUACAAUCUAUCGAGGCUGACUAAUUUUUGUUUUCUCUAUUUGUAAUUUUAAUGUAGAAUCACUGAAGAUUUGUAGACGGGCGUUAAUAAGUAAACACAAGCAAAAUGUUGUACACCUAUGACUACCUGACGAGAAGCUUUGAUGAAGGUGAAAUAAAACUGAAAAAGAAAAAAAACACUGUUCCAGCUGUGCAUUCCAAGUUGAAUACAAGCCAACAAGCCAAUUUUAAAAUAAAUUUCGAAGCUAUACGUCAAAUGAACUGUCUUGAGGAAACUCAUGUUGAAAAUGAACAAAAUGUCCUCAACAUCAAUUUACCCAAGGAUAUCACAAUAAAAAAAACCAAGAUACCACCUGAGAAUCUUGAUAAUAUCACAACACAACAACUGUGCGAUGUUAAUUUUGUCAGGAUGCCGAAAGCUACUGUUGCAGCAAAACAAGCUUCAAUAAAAAAAACCAAAAUACCACCUGAGAACCUUGAUAAUACCACAACACAACAACUGUAUGAUGUUAAUUUUGCCAGGAUUCCGAAAGCUAGUUUUGAAGCAAAAUCAGUUUCUACCAAUGUAUCCACGAGUGGUACGAAACGUCAGUUUCAUGUUAUACAAGAACCGCGAACACUAUUCUUACGUCCAGCUCCCGGAAAAGCUAUUCGUUUAGAAGAUAAUGAUAUUGAAAAAUCUAUAUCCGUGUCCGGAAAAGCUGUUUGUUUAGAAUAUGAUAAUACAAAAAAAAUAAAUCCGUACCCGGAAAAGCUAUUCGUUUAGAAGACGAUUAUACUGUAAAUUCUACAUAUGUAAAUUCUGAGUCAGAGGGAGUUGAAAAAUCUUUGAUUGUCAUUGACAAAAAAUUGGAUAUUAUGAACAGAUACAUAAUAGCGAUGAAAAAUGCCAUAGAGAACAUAAGCGUUGACAUCCAAACAUCUGUGAAGACAAAUAUUUGUGCUAACAGCAAAAUUCGCCUACCAAUAAGAUCUGACCAAGAUUUAUUGACUCUUGAAGAGUUGUCGAAAUCUCAGCAGGGAGAAAUUGGUUUACGAGAGAGAUUCAGCAUAGAGUCAUCUGAAUCAAUGUACGGAUUUUUUAGAUCUAUUGUGCAGCUGCUGUUCGCGAAUACUGGCCAUUAUACGUGGACUGGUAAGUCUGCGUAUAAUGCUCAGUAUGGCACAGCAUCUGGCAAUGCGUCUGAACUUCAUAUAGUUGAUGUUCUUAUAGAUGUUGCACAAACAAAGUAUCAUGUUGAUCGAAGCCGUUCCAAAACCGAAUUUAUGAGAGCACUACACAACUUUAAUGAAUCAGUAGCAUCUCGUCGAAAGCGUAAAAAUAAUGACAAUACCUAAUUUUUUUCUAACUAGCAGACCGGCAAACCUCAUCCGGCAACAAGAUUUUAAUAAAUUUGAUCAAGUCUCCUGUUUCCGUCGUUUUUCUAAACCUACAUAAAAUCUAUAAUAUCAAUAAGUGCUUUAAUAGAACAGUGUCCGAAUUCGAUUGGAUUCAAUAGUUUACAUUUACUUUUCAAGUAAUCAGGUUGAACGAAUCACAUGUAGGCCAUGUAAGUGAUGUAAAUGGUUAUCAACAUCCUGGCUUAUUAUCAAAUGGUAUACUAAGAAGUUCAGUUAGCUUACCGCAAUGUAAGAAAUCUUAAACAACAAAUUCGUGACCCCAAAAUUAAUAGAAACAUCGAACUUAAAAACAAAAUAUAAUUUUAAUCAGCAGGGUGAUUGUGGUAGGGUAAUUUAAUUAGUAGGCAGUAAACGUGUGAACAAAAUUCCCAAUAAAAGUUACUUUUAUUUAGGUUUUGCUAACUUUCCGAUUGAUUUUCAUUUUGACAUAUAAACCUAAUAAUAACUUAAAUCUGCUGUUCCGUUUUCUAGUUCAAUCGUGAUGUACGGACACACAAUCAUAUUUAUUAUUAUAUAUAUUGAUUAUGAAAAUAGAUGGAUAAAUGAGAAAAUCGCUAAAUGAUAUUUUUAAUUUAAUGCUUUUCCUACUUCUCGAUUGACU